AUGGCUUCUAUUCGCAAACCAACUGUUAGAAAAGAGUGUCAAUGCUCUAUCUCCCAUGAAGACACAUGCAAUACAAUUAGUAGUGCUGUUUCUGAGCCUGUAAAUCAAGAGGAAGAUAGUUUUGAAUUUGAACAGGAAGAUGUUGAAAUCAAUUCUGAGCUUAGAAAUAAUGUCCAGUAUACAAGUGACACUUACGAAGAAGAAGAAGAAUAUGAAGAUAAAUCCAAUGUUGAGAUGGACAAUGAUGAAGGUAGUGUUGCUGGCCUCAAACGUUUGGCCAGAUUUGAAGCGUUAACAAGUGGUGUCAAGAAGUAUAUUGCAUAUAGCAAAUGCCAUGCCAUAUAUGAUAAUGAAGCCGCCCCUUUGCAUUGUACAUUACCCAAUUUUGGUAAAACCUCCUUGUGUGGCAACUACUUGUUCAAGUCUGGUCCCAGAUCAAAAGCACCCAAAAAGACAUAUGUAUUUCACUCUGUUAAGAAAGCCUUAAAGACGUUUUUUCAAUGCCCAGAUUUUGAAAACAAGAUCAACUCAUGGAACCGCAGCCCAAAAAUGUAUAGCACUUUGUUUGACAUAUAUAAUGGUGCGAUGUGGAAUGAGAUAGUAGAUGUAGAUGUUAUAUCUUUUGUUGAUACCAAGCAAUCACUUAUGCACAUGCUGAAUAUUGACUGGUUUCAGCCAUUCGAUGAUGUUACCUACUCCUGUGGUGCCAUAUAUCUUGCAAUCAACAAUAUUCCACACAGUGAGCAGUUCAAGAAGGAGAACAUGAUUCUUGUUAGGUUAAUGUCAGGGCUUAAAGAAGCGAGCACUUCUGACAUAAAUAAUUAUCUGAAAUCAUUUGUGGAUGAGUUGAUGGAGCUGUACAAAGGUAUUAAGAUUAAGACUCACCAAUGUCCAAAUGGUACUUCUAUCAAAGCAGCCCUUCUCAUAGUUGCCUGUGAUAUACCUGCUGCAAGGAAAGUAUGUGGGUUCACAUCCCAUACAAGUACAAAUGCAUGCCACAAGUCUGAGAGACAGCGUCUUGAAGUUGCACAUGAUGUUUGCUGGUCCAAACUGCAUUGUCUUCAGUACUUUGAUAUUGUCUGCUGCACAAUCAUCGAUCCCAUGCACAAUCUAUUCUUAGGCACUACCAAAAGAAUGCUGGAGAGAUGA